AUGGCCGAGACGACGCCACCCAAACCUAACUAUUUGACCGAUCUGCUAUGGGUUAACCAUGAUGCGCUCAAUAUGAAGGCGCAGCCCCACCGUCAACGUGUCUUCACUCACAUUCAACAACGGUACCGACCAUGGCAGAGACGCGACUCCACUCAGAAGCUAAGAAAGAGCAUUCAACUACCACCGUCAAGCUCUCGAGCGCAGUCUUCGGAGAGUGGACAAGACCGCUCAGAAUCAUCAAGCACUUCCCCAGCCUCGUCAUGGACUUCGACAAUGUCCGACAGGAGUUCUGGUCUUGCCGCAUAUAAGGUCAAGUGCCUUCACGGAAAUUCUGACCCGUUCAACGCUUAUCCAGUGUUCAUAUCCCCAAGAGUCAACGACAUUUUGAGAUUCUACCGAGACAUUGUCAUACCCUCACAAUACCAUACUAGCGUGGAUGGUUGGACAACGUUCGAGGCCGCUAAGGAAGAUUGGAGAGAUGUCGUCAAUUCGCUGUAUGAAAAAGGUGGCGCGCUGGGAUUUCUUGCGCGAUGGGCUCAGGUUGCAUCUAAUGUCGCCGAAAAUUCCGAGCUCGCGGUCCAGAGUCUACGUUUUCGAUCUCAGAGCACCUCGAUACUAUUGAAGAAGAUGCAACAGGGUUCUGGACUUGUCUCAAAGUCGUCUUACUGGCACAUUAUCGCCCUGUAUAUGGCCGAGGCACAAGCUGGAAACGCUGACGGGGCAUGGCUCCACGUAACAAUGCUGUCUCGGGCAUUGAAGCACGAGAGUCAACAUGGCCAAGUCGAUAUCACAUCUCUACGAUCCUUCAUGUACAAUGAAGCUUGCGCCUGUUGCAUGUUCCUGCGCAAGCCUGUGCUGGAUUAUGAUCGUUGGAUUCCGGAGGUGUUCGAGGUACCUUGGGCAGAAGGCAGGAAAGGGCUACAAGCUUUGCAACUAUCGUUCUCUAUAUCUCUGGAUCCAUCCAUUGAGGAUAACUUUCUCAGGGACAUGUUCAUCCAGGAGCGCGAAAGCCUUGCAGUCUGGAGACACGGCUCCGAAAGAGGGAACGGACUCUCUGCUGCUGUGUUUACGUGGUGGUGUUCCAGCCAUCUGGUCAAGCACACGAAGCUGGUAAAGUUCGUCCUGGACCGCCUCGAUGAGGCAAAAGAAGGGAAAGGCCAGCAAUCGUAUCUCCACAGGAAGAACGCCUACCUCGCUUUGACGGCGGUCUACUGGACGCGGUUAAUAGCCGGUGAUGAGACCAUCCUCGGACAGGAGAUCUAUCAGACGAAGAGCCCUCUGCGAAAGCUAACGCGGCAGCUCCUUGAAAAAGACCAAUUAGUGGUUGAAUUCACCGGAUCGAUGAAAUACGCAAACGCCCGACUGUGGGCUCUUUACGUCGGCGCUCAAGCAGAGCAUGACCACUUGGGCAUUCGGCGAAGCGAUGAGACCUGGUUCAGCGACCAGUUCUCCCUCUUGGCUGCGCGUAUGAGCUUGUCCUCCUGGAAGGCUGUUCGCUCCAUUCUUGACGGCUUUCUGGACUGUGAUGUUGUCGAGCCUCACGGUUCUAAAUUUGUGCCUGCACUGCUGCCACGUCCUUCCUCAACCACACAAGGUGGUAGUCGACGAUCUUUUAGCACACCACGACCAGAAACAGAACUGGUGGGCAGCCAGCGGACUCUUUAA